UAAAAUAUAAAGCGCAUAAGCCAUAAAGAAACAAACACUUCUUAGCGCCACACAAACACAGCGCGAAUAACAUAGGCGCGCCUCUACAAAUAAGCAAUGCAUCGUCAGCUGCAUUAAAAAACACACAAUCCAAAUGUUCUUUCCAAGAACACAGCUGAUUGGGACCUUAUGUAGUUAUGUGGGAGUAGACCUUACACACACACACACACACGCGUACACCUCGUUCGCGCGCGUAACUCUACACCUGAACCAAUUGGAUAGCCGUAUUCACUCAGAGCGAUCCAACAAAACACAGCAGCGCGUCCGCGGACACAGUGUCUCGAGCGCACUGGGGGGGACAACAACGGCUGAUCCACGGUCGGACCGACGCUUCGCUUUUAAUAUUUUUCGCUUUCUGUUACGGAGCGCAAAAUAUCGCACGACUGCAUAGCCGUGAAUUUGUUCUCCUGUGCCUACACUGGAAUACUGUAUCAGCGAUAUGUGAGCGAUCGGACGCGGCUCCGCUCCACAGUAAAGCAAAAUGCGGAAAACUUCGAGCCUAUGAUGCCUUCCUGAAACACUUACUGUUUAUUAUAACCUCAAAAUGUACAAAGCGUUCCUCUUACUUUCGUGUCUCAUCGUCCGCGACGCUUUUGCGUCUCUUUGUUUUCCAGAUUACUGUCGCAACACAACUAAUCUUAUACCCGAACCUGGAGAACGAUGCCUACUGGAACCAGUACAAAGAGGAGCAGAAUGCAUGGAGAUGAGAUUCGAAAAUCUAGGACACUUGCCACCAACAGGUGAACCAUUAGCACAAGUCUCAUUAGUGGCAUAUGUCCACGACUUUGGAAAUCUGAAAGGAAAAGCUACUGCUUUUAAUUCUUCAAUUAGUGAUAUAAACUUUAACAGACUGACUAUGCGCUAUCAAACUUUAGGAGAUGAAAAAACUUCUGCUUGUCGAAAUGUUAGGUUUUAUGGCAACGCAUCUAAUUUGCCUCUGCAGGACUUCUUUGUAUCCUGCCCAUUUUAUAACAGUUCAUUUGAAAAUAGCCCCUACCGUUUAGAGUAUCUUGUUUCUGGGCCUAACUAUGAGUACAGUAGAAAGCUUGUAUUUAUAGUUCCUAACCAUAUAUUUAUUGAUAACGCCAUAAAAGAUAUAACUCGUUUCACACCAUUUAUUUAUGUUGAUGUUUCUGAUGCAUCUACUCUGACUUUGUAUAUUCAGACUUUACCAAAAAGAUUCAACGUAUCUGCUUAUAAAGUCUGGAUGAUCAAUAACGACACCAAUAGUACAAAAGAUAUUAUUUUGGAAAAUCCUAAUGGAGAAAAGCUUAUUCACCAUAAUUUUACAGUUCAUGAUGGUGUACUUUUCUUUAAAGUUGCUGCUUUACAUCCCACAUGCCAUGCAAAUGGUUGUAUCAACAGCACAUCUCCGUUCAUUAGUAUCAAGCAAGCUUCGCACAGAUUACUUAUCAUGAUAAUUAGUGUCAUUUGGAUUCCACCUGUGAUGUUUUACGCUUUAUAUCAUGCUUAUAAAUUAUAUAAGAAAAAAGAAAUAUUAAAACGAGCUGAAAGAAAACCAAUGUGCCUUUUGGUUUAUACUCCUUCACACAUGGCUCAUGUUAAUGCUAUGGUUGAUUUGGCGCGCUACUUACGAUGUUGUAAUAUCAAUGCUAUGAUUGAUACCUUAGACAUUCCCGAAAGUACAAAUAAGGACCCCGUGCUUUGGUGUAAUGAAGCAUUCCAAGCGGCCGAAGUAAUUAUCAUAGCGACAUCACCACGCACAGAUGAAAUUGCCCCAGUUAUUUAUCGUAAUAUGGAUAGUCAAGCCUUAAGAUUACUUAAAGAGAACUAUCCACUUCGAAACAAAAGGUAUUUUGCUCUUCAAUUUCCGUAUUGCAAAUCUGAAGACAUACCGAAAGAAGCACGUCAGUUCAAACGUUUUUCUAUGCCAGAGGAAUUAGAAAAAUUAGUAAGAACUAUUCACGAAGUAGAAUAUAUACGAUUUUUUGGUGUAUCUGACAAAGAUUUUGUGGACUCUGUCAAAUUAGCCAAAAUACAAGUCGUUCCGACUAAAAAAAGUUUCAGAAAAAUUGAAAAUAACGAAGAUCUUCUCUUGCCCGAUUUACAAGAAAAGACCAUAAGUUUUGAACUUCUUCAAUUAAAAGAAGUAGAAUCAAAAAGUAACGACACGACAAAUAAUAAAAGCGCAUCAAAAACUUUUAAAACGAAUAUCGAGGAAUUGAAUUUACUUGGUGAAAAUGUUGAAAGUGAAACAGAAACGUUUGGUUUUAAUCAACCAGCCAAAAAUUCUGAAUUUCGUAUUGAUAGUUUAAAUUUAUAAUCAAUUUUUAAUGCUGAAUGGUUUUUAAAACUGCUUUUCUAAGAUUUUUACUUUUAUGUACUCAAAAUAUACACUGUAUUUUAUUAAUAAAAAACAUCUAUUUAUUUGUAUAAUAAAAUUAAAAACAUUUCGUAUUAUUAUAAAACGUAUACAUUAGGUAAAAUUGUUGUUAUUUAUAAAAAGGAUGUAGAAAAGUUAAAAA